ACAGUUUUGUUUUGGUUUGUUGGAGCUACUUUUCUGAUGUGUGUCUGUGAUUUAGCUGCAUUUAGCUAAAACUGACAAUACACAAAAUGCUGACGGCGGAGGAAUUUUCGCACUUCCCGCUCCAAAUGUGGGAGAGAGUGCUGUCGAAGGUAAAGAAAGCUGUUGUUUUUAUGGAUGACAAGUGUGCAGAGGCUCUCCACUGGAACGGUGGGGCUGCCGCCUUGUUUGAGGCUGGAGCCAGAAAUUUAAAACAGUUUUCUAGCUUCGAAGCCUGCGGUGCGAAUGAGCCAAAGGCGGUGUUUGUGGUGAGCACCCUGUUGAAAGGGACGACGGUCGACAUCAUGAAAGACAUCAUAGCCCUCAGUCACUUCCAGUACUGUGUUGUCUUCACCACUGUGUCUCACUCUGUUCACCUCCUCGCUAACAAUGUCACCACAGAAAUGGAAGGGAACCCUGUGUUUGAGCAGUUUGAAGAGAAGCUUUGCGAGUGGAUGGGAAACAUGAACUACACGGCUGAAGUCAUGCAUGUCCCGGUGGUCUUCGCCCCUGUGUCACAGCAGCUGUUCCUCACACCCACCUUUGCACACCUGUUCCCCCUGCUCUUACCUGACCUGGAGGUAAUAAAUGCAAAACGGCCAGAGAAGAAGAGAUUUGGAAGCCUGAUAGACCUAGACAUACACUCCCUCCCUGCUGAACUGCAGAUUGAAAUAAAAUCGUUGGCUUCAGCUUUAAAUUCAAUGUUUGAAGCCACAGGGACCAGGGAGGAGAGCUUUGCUGUGGGUCCCAUGAGCCGGAUCAUAGCAGGGGAACUGGCCAGUCACCCUCAAGCUAAAAACAGAAGGAAAACCGCCCCUAAUAAAGCAUCGAUCAUCUUUGUGGACCGAACAAUGGACCUUACAGGAGCUGUCGGUCACCAUGGCGACAAUCUGGUGGAGAAGAUUUUGACUGUGCUCAAACCCUUACCUGGUCAUGUGACAGAUGUACAGGUGGACAUGCUAGAGCUCACGAGUGUGCAGCGCACCCCUGACUCCCAAACCACCGUGGCCCCUGGCUGCCUUGCACAGCCCCAGUCAUCAGCAGCGCGGUCGCUGUGGGAGGCCAUGCUGACCAGUAAGCAUAAAGAGGGAGUGAUGGAGGUCAGACGGCAACUGGUGGAAGCAGCCAGCAAGGAGAAACUGCCAAUCAAGAUGAGCAUGGGCCGUGUGACCCCCGAGCAGCUGUGCACCUACAUGAAGCUGUUUCGGAGCAACUGGGGAGCGCUAGAGAGUCACUGCGGGGUGCUCCAGCUGGGCCUGGCCACGGCCCAAACUCUCCGCCACCCCUGCCUUCCCCGCUGGGACGCCUGCCUGGCCUUCGAGAGGUUGCUGCUGCAGGCUCUUGGAGACUCUGAUUUCCUCGGUGUGCUGAAGCAGCUGCUGCCCUUGAUGAAGCCCCGUGGAGGUGAGGACAGCGUGGCCUCCGGGUCGAGGUUUGGGAAGGAGGAGUGCGGGCCCGAUGAGCUGAUCCUCCUGCUGGUCUACCUGUACUCCCUCGCUGAUGAGGCGCAGCCCGCCGACCGCGACGCCGAGGAGGACGAGGAGGAGCUGGAGAAGUUGGAGAGGGAGCUGAUAGGAACUCUCACCCUAGUCAUCACCCAAGAGACAGAACUCAGCCCCCUGCUGCAGAAACUCACAGGUUGUGCAAAUCUCGAGGAGCUGACCACAGAGCGAGUCCACACCGCAGUGGAGGAGAUGUUCGAGACCCUCCGAGGUUUGAACCACACUAGAGACCACCUCAAGCAACUUCGCUCCGUCUACACCGCCAGUGACGGAGUCCACCAGGCUACCUACCGUCCUUUCCUGAGGCAGAUAUUGGAGGAGGUCUUCCACCCCGACAGACACGAAUGCCCCGACAUCGAGCACAUGUCUGGAGGCCUCACCGACCUGCUCAAGACCGGCUUCAGCAUGUUUAUGAAGGUCAGUCGUCCACAUCCCAGCGACAACCCUCUGCUCUUCCUCUUCCUGGUCGGUGGAGUCACGCCCUCAGAGCUCCGGCUCAUUAAGGAGAUUGUUACCACGCACAAACCAGGCACCCAGGUGCUGGUUCUGUCCACCAGACUGCUGAGGCCAACGGAUAUCCCCGACCUGCUCUUCACCUCCCAGAGGCUGGUGCCCAAUAUCGGUGUCUGAGUCCAGCACGUGGGAACGCACACGUGUAGGGACACAUGGGUCUCAACACCUCAUCGCGUGUGAGUCAGGCUGGAUGAGUAAAAUUCUCUGUUAAAAGCCGCAAAUGGAGAUCAUGGAGACUACAAAAAUCAUUUGAGAGACAUAUUGAUGAAACAUUCCUCUGUAUAUGUGUGUGUGUGUGGGUGUGUGGAUUUGUUUUGUUGGAUUUAAUUCUAAAGUGCAAAAGAAUAAUUUAAUUAUCACUAUUGGGCUUAUUUUUCUUGGAGGCCAAUUUUUAUGUUGGACUGAUAAUGUCUCUCUUAUUCUGCCAAACAGAAGUCAAAAUCAAAAGUUGCUUUGUAGUUUUUGCAACAUGUGUAGAACUACGACAAACGUUUCAGACCACCCCUUGAAUCAAAUCUUAAUAAAAUCAUCAUCUUUUCA